CCCGGUCCGCCGCCUUCCCGCAGAGCGCGCGCCUCCGGGGACACCUGUCCGCGGUCAGGGGGCUGUCGCCGCUCCUCGGCGCCGCCCGGCGCUCGCGGUGGAGCCCCAGCAGCCCUGGGCGGGAGGACAGCAGGGGACCUCCCGGGCCUGUGCACCUGCCCUGCAUACCAGGAGGCUGCGGGCGGGCGAGCCGUGGGCGCGCUGCUGAGGGCGCUGCUGAGGGCGCAGCGCUGGGGGCGCGCUGGGCGGGGCGCCUUGAAGGGCGCGGCCGAGGGGCGCGGGCGCAGCCGGAAGCUGGGGCGGGGCGCCCGCGCGGGAUGCGGUGAAGGGCAAGCUGCGCGGCGGCGGCGGCGAUGAGUGCCUCGGCGGCCACAGGGGUCUUCGUGCUGUCCCUCUCGGCCAUCCCGGUCACCUACGUCUUCAACCACCUGGCGGCCCAGCACGAUUCCUGGACAAUUGUAGGGGUGGCUGCCCUCAUCCUGUUCCUGGUAGCCCUGUUGGCUCGUGUCCUGGUCAAAAGGAAACCACCCCGGGACCCACUGUUCUAUGUGUAUGCAGUUUUUGGAUUUACCAGCGUGGUGAACCUCAUCAUAGGACUGGAACAGGACGGGAUCAUUGACGGCUUCAUGACAUACUACUUGAGAGAGGGUGAACCGUAUCUGAACACGGCCUAUGGGCACAUGAUCUGCUACUGGGAUGGCUCUGCUCAUUAUCUGAUGUAUCUGGUGAUGGUGGCAGCCAUAGCCUGGGAGGAAAGUUAUAGAACCAUUGGCCUAUAUUGGGUCGGAUCUAUUAUUAUGAGCAUUGUUGUUUUUGUGCCAGGAAACAUUGUAGGGAAGUAUGGAACACGCAUUUGCCCUGCUUUUUUCUUAAGCAUACCAUAUACUUGUCUUCCUGUCUGGGCUGGUUUCAGAAUCUAUAAUCAGCCCUCAGAAAAUUAUAAUUAUCCCUCAAAGGUCAUUCAAGAAAUCCAAGCGAAAGAUCUGCUGAGAAGACCAUGUGAUUUAAUGUUGGUUGUGUGUCUCCUUCUGGCAACUGGAUUUUGCCUGUUUAGAGGCUUGAUUGCUUUGGAUUGCCCAGCUGAGCUCUGCCGAUUAUAUACGCAAUUUCAAGAGCCCUACCUAAAGGAUCCUGCUGCUUAUGCUAAAAUCCAGAUGCUGGCGUAUCUGUUCUAUUCCGUCCCUUACUUUGUGAUGGCGCUCUAUGGCUUGGUGGUUCCUGGAUGCUCCUGGAUGCCUGACAUAACACUGAUACAUGCUGGAGGUCUAGCUCAGGCUCAGUUUUCUCACAUCGGUGCUUCUCUUCAUGCUAGAACUGCUUAUGUCUACAGAGUCCCUGAAGAAGCGAAAAUCCUUUUUUUAGCAUUAAACAUAGCAUAUGGAGUUCUUCCUCAGCUCUUGGCCUAUCGCUGUAUCUACAAACCAGAGUUCUUCAUAAAAACAAAGGCAGAUGAAAAAGUUGAAUAAAAGCAUUAUUUAAUGUUCUUUCUCUCUAGAUUACUGACUUUUGUUAUUUUGGUACCAAUAUUUGGUCCCAUUCCACUCUCUUCCCAUACAGGAACAUUUAAGAAUACAUAAAUUCUUGCUCCGUACUGUAUAUGUGAGCUAUCAUAGGAAUUAUGUGGAUAAAUUUUCUUUUUUUGAAGGAAAAUUGAAGUUAUUCAGAAAGCUUGUUUAAAGAAAUAUAUUUCAAGUUAUUUGUGAAUAAACUUGACCACCUAUCUCAAUAUUCUGUUUGCACACUUUAAAUAUAAGUGAAAAAUUACAAUUUAGCUCCUAUAAUAGUGAGCAUGAAAAGGAAACUGUUCAAAAGUGAAAAUGGUCUAUGCAUAUUAAAAAUUUCAAAGUAGCAAAUACAGAUGGAGAAAUAUUUUUGCAUAUAAGAUCUAUAUGUUUCAUUAUCAACCUCAAUAUAAAAGACAAAUUAUCAGAAUAUUUAAAAAUGUUGUUUGAAAAAUGUUUUCCCAAGGAAAGUAUAUUAUUUACUGCUGUUUCAAAAAUUGCUUUUACUGAAAUUUUUCUGUGAGUCUAAGUAGCUAAGGAGGGAUCUAUAACUUUAUCAUUACCCUUAUUUUAUUGAUGACUGGAAAUGUUUCUAUUGUAUUUCUGUGUAUAUUUUUAAUAAAUUAUUUUUGGUCUUUUAUGAAGACAAAUCUUACUAAAUUUGAAACAUUUUGUAUAUUUUUUUUCAGAAAAAGUUCUGUAGUCUUUACGCCUUUUGUUUUAAAAAUCUGUCAGCUAUAUUUCCAGUUCAAAAUGUCAUCUACAUUCUCAUGUUUUAGUGUGAGCAAUGAAGAGGACUUUUCAUGAAUUAAUUAAAUUUCAUUACUUUUAAAUUAAAAUAUUCAAAAUUAAAAAGUACCUUUUAAGGA